AUGGUGGGGAAGACUGGUGUUGGGAAAAGCGCCACAGGAAACACCAUUCUGGGAAACCAGAGCUUUAAAUCAGACGUAUCAGCUGAAUCUUUGACAACACACUGUGCUAAGGCCUUUGGUGAGGUUGAUGGACAAAAGGUUGCUGUUAUCGACACUCCAGGUCUGUUUGACACCAGGAUUGAUGAAGAGAAAACAAUUAAAGAUAUUGCUCAGAGCAUUUCUUAUUCUUCUCCUGGACCCCAUGUCUUCCUUGUCGUCAUCAGACUGGGCAGAUUCACAGAAGAAGAACAGAAGACAGUGCAGACGAUUCAAGAAAUCUUUGGAGAGGGAGCAGACAAAUACAGCAUGGUUCUCUUUACCCAUGGCGAUCUGCUCAAAGGGAAACCUAUUGAGGAGUUCCUGCUGGGCAGCAAAGAACUGCAGGAACUUGUGGCCAAAUGUUACGGCCAGUACCAUGUCUUCAAUAAUGACAUGAAGGAUCGUACUCAGGUCAGGCAGCUGCUCACCAAUAUCAGAAAUAUAACAGAGAAGAACGGUGGAAGCUAUUACACCACUGAAAUGUUCCAGAAAGCAGAAAAGGCCAUAGAAGAGAGGAAACAACAAAUCCUCAAAGAGAAAGAAGAGCAAAUACGCAAAGAGGAGGAGGAAAUAAACAAGAAAUUAAGCGAAAAGUUUGAGAAACUAAUGAUAGAGGUGAAAGCUGCCAGUGAGAGGGAGAAAUUAAGGGAAGCAACAGCUGCACAACAAUAA